UAUUUUGGGGUGUUUGUCAUUUAUUCUCUUUGGUAUCAGGUGCUCGUGACGGGUUGUUGUUUUUGUUUAUGCGUACUAGGAGUGGUCGUGAACUCAUUUCGAACAACAAACCAUCAAACUCAAACAACCUAAGCAGCAUGGCCCGAAACGGCGAAGAGGAAGUAAACAACCCCCAGCGGAAUCUUCUCCGCGAUUUGGCCCAACCAGUAAUUGGGUCAGUGACUUCGUGCAUCCGAUUAGGACCGGCAACUCGGAACUACGAGCUCAAGACCAUCCAUGACAAUCAACUUCCAUCCUUUCACGGUCUCUUCAAUGAAGAUCCUCUCCAUUUCAUCCGGGACUUCUACAAUGUCCUUCAAACAUUUCCACUCCACGGGCUCAAUGAAGAUCAACUAAAAAUGAGGUGUUUUCCCGAAACACUCAAUGACCGGGCUAAAGCUUGGUUCAUGACGCUUGCUCCUGAUUCCCUAACUACUUGGAAGCAAGUGUAUUCAAAAUUCUUCAGGAGAUACUAUUCUCACCAGAAGACUCAAGAACUCUGGUCCCAAAUCUUUUCCUUCGCCCAACAACCAAACGAGCCUCUACACGAGGCAUGGGAAAAAUUCAAGGAUCUCCAAAGGCAGUGUCCACAUCACAACUUUCCACCUGCUCUAUUAAUGAAUAGCUUCUACGACUCUCUCCACCAAAACCUCCAGUACAUGGUGGACAACGCGGCCGGUGGAGAUAUCGGGGCAAAGACUGCCGAGGAGAUGAUGGAGAUUUUUGAGAUGAUGAGUGCUAACUCGUCUCAAAAGAGCAGUCGAGGGAAGAAGGCGAGGAAUCUGUUCCCAGGACGGUUUCCCGCCCCUCUAAUCCAUGAUCCAGCUCGGCACUUUCUCAUCAGACCGGGUUUUUGGCUCGAGUCGGUUGGCAACGCCUCCCCGGCUCAUUCCUGGCUAACUCGGAUAUCAACAGACGUAAUACAAAAUAUGUCGUCUUACGUAAAGUUUUUCAAAGAUUUGGUGACGAAGAAAAGGCAAUUCGAAGACGGCGAGAAGAUCGUGGUGUACGAGGCAGCGAGUACAAUGCACCAUGACUUAUCCAAAAAAGAACGUGAUACCAGGGGUUUUGUGAUCAAAAUAGCUCUUGGGAAUGGAAAAGAAGCUUCGGGAAUGCUUGACCUCGGAGCUGGGAUCAACCUUUUUCCGUUUUCAAUAUUUCAACGGCUCGGUCUCGGAGACUUGAGACCAACCCGUAUGUGCCUCCAACUUGCCAACAGCUCGAUACGAUAUCCCAAAGAGGUGGUGGAAGAUGUGCUUAUACGUGUGGGAAAGCUCAUUGUCCAUGUAUAUUUUGUUAUUCUUAAUGUGGGAGAAGUACACGAGAAUGGGAAGGAUCACAGCAUCCUUCUUGGGAGACCAUUCAUAACCACCACCAACACUCUUAUUGACGUGAAGAAUGGGACGCUCAAUAUGACGGUUUUGGGCAAGUCCGUAUACAUCUCCAUCUGGGAAGCCACAUCCGCAUCUUCGGUAAACUUCAUGGAGGAGUGUGCAUUUAUUGAUGUUACCGGUCCAUUCGUUGAGGAUACGACCAUACGCGA